AUGCUACAACGCAAGAUCUGGGUUAGACGGCCAGGGGGCUCGGCCACUUUGGUGCCGACCGCGCAUGAUGCUCUUGUCGACGAGCUACGCGAUCAGGUAAUCAUGAAAUACGCCAACUCGCUGGGCAAGACGUUCGACGCACCCGAUAUAGUCGUUCGCAUCGCUGCUCGGGAAGGCUCAAACAAACAGGCGACCCCGGAUCGGAUGCUAAGUCCAGAAGAGCCAUUGGUCACAGUGGUGGACUCUUAUUUUCCAGGCGGCCAAACGAUAGAGGAGGCCUUGAUUAUCGAAAUACCGCCACGACGAACGCCGAAACCGUCGCCGCGUCAUUCGAUCUAUUAUGAGCAAACUGAACCGGGCGAACAUAAUGAAUAUUUCCCUCUCAUGCCGAUCCACCCCAAUAUUCCGACCCCGCCAGCCCAUGCAUCCAAUUCUUCGGGCAGUGCCAGUGCCCAUCCGGCCCCAUCCAUAAGUAUCCUCACGACCGGGAUGGCACCGCCAUUACCUUCUCCAGGGAGCCGGGGCAAUCGCCAUACUCGCCGGCCUCCUCUUACUCGGCACACUACGAACUCGCCCACCGUAUUAGGGCAAUCGACCAGCUCCAAAGAAGCUGGGGCCCAACAAACUGCCAUACCUCCGCAGCCAGCUCCACAAGUCCCUACGCCACCUGUCCCGCCUCCAGAGUCACCUCAGAAUAAAUCGAUGACACCUCCUGCACGCGGGGCAUCACCUCGCCCUCGUCAGUCGGUAAAACCCAAAAAGAGCCCUGCGCAGUCCUUGAGUGCAGCAUUUGGAGGCCUCAUCGAGGGCACUGUGCCACCAAUUAAUGUUCUCAUCGUUGAAGAUAACGUCAUUAACCAGAGGUUGUUAGAGGCGUUCAUGAAGCGUCUUAGCGUGCGCUGGAAAUGCGCCGCAAAUGGUGAGGAGGCGGUCAAGAAGUGGCGAGAAGGGGGCUUUCACCUUGUCUUGAUGGACAUCCAAUUACCCGUUAUGAAUGGCUUAGAUGCGACGAAAGAAAUUCGCCGGCUUGAGCGGUUGAACGGAAUAGGUGUUUUCCCCAAGACGGCAUCCGGACGGUCAAGCGCUGCAAGUGCCACCGCAAUGACCCCGCCGGAGAUAGACCCCGAAACCCAUGAUUCUCUGGAAGAGGAAGACGUAUUGCAUGAUCUUUCGCUGUUCAAGAGCCCUGUCAUCAUUGUCGCCUUGACUGCCAGCAGUCUGCAAAGUGACCGACACGAAGCAUUGGCUGCAGGCUGCAAUGACUUCUUGACCAAGCCUGUGCGAUUUGAAUGGCUGGAGCAGAAGGUAACGGAAUGGGGAUGCAUGCAGGCUCUGAUUGAUUUUGAAGGCUGGCGCAAAUGGCGAGGGAGAUUGUAG